AUGGAUUUUCAAAACAGAGCAGGCGGCAAGACAGGCUCCGGUGGCGUCGCCUCCUGGUCAGAAUCUAACAGAGACCGACGAGAGCGUCUUAGACAGCUUGCGUUAGAAACAAUAGACCUUAACAAGGUAAAAUAAGAAGUUGUUUUGCACGUGUGGCGCUCUCUUUAGCGUAGUAGUGAAGAGUUCAUCCAACUACGCAUGGGUUUAGGACAAAAGUCUUUUCUUCAUUGCGUAUUAUCAAGAGGAAGCCAUAUUCGAUGUACCGGGUACUCAAUAAUAGUAAUAUACACUGUAAUAAUAUUAUGCAUGUACUUGUUGUUUCUUGUUUUUAGGAUCCAUAUUUUAUGAAGAACCAUCUUGGUUCCUAUGAAUGUAAAUUGUGUCUUACACUGCACAAUAACGAGGUAAGUUGAAUGGCUGUCAAUGGUUGCUUAACUGCGUUCUGCCCUUUUAAAAAUUUAAUAAUUAUGUAUGCAAUAAUCUCAUACUAUUUCACACAAACAGUGGAUAUGAAUAGAGUGAGAACAUGUAUGCAUAAUCAAUGCACGAGGCUGAGCGGAAACUUACUGUUCUCUAGCCCAGGGCUUGUGGAGUGUGCUAUCGGUCUAGUGAGGUGAGGCUGUCGGGCAAUCUAACUUGCCUGAGGGGCAAGUGAAGUUGUUUGGGGAAUUCAAAUACAGUGGAACUGUGAUCAUUGCUUAUCAAUUUUGGGGUGGUAGUUGAAAUGACUUCUGUUCUAGUAAAUGUCAGCUAUAGCUUGCCUGAAUAACAAUCUGUAAAGCAGAUGAACCUGUGAAGUUCACCCCAAUUUACGUGUUGUGCCUUGAGGCAGAAGUCAGUUGACAGUAACCACCAGACACUAAUAGCACACAACCCUACUGUAUCUUCAGUCCUCUCAUUUCGCUUAUCAUUAUUUUUGAGAUUUUAUUUUAAUUAUUAUUGUCUAUUUAUUAUUGUAGGGAAGCUAUCUUGCCCAUACUCAAGGAAAAAAGCAUCAAUCUAACCUGUAAGCACCAGAACACACACUAUAUUUGGGUUCCACAGUUUGUACCUGUGCUUGGAUUAAGAUGUGANAUAUUUUAUGAAGAACCAUCUUGGUUCCUAUGAAUGUAAAUUGUGUCUUACACUGCACAAUAACGAGGUAAGUUGAAUGGCUGUCAAUGGUUGCUUAACUGCGUUCUGCCCUUUUAAAAAUUUAAUAAUUAUGUAUGCAAUAAUCUCAUACUAUUUCACACAAACAGUGGAUAUGAAUAGAGUGAGAACAUGUAUGCAUAAUCAAUGCACGAGGCUGAGCGGAAACUUACUGUUCUCUAGCCCAGGGCUUGUGGAGUGUGCUAUCGGUCUAGUGAGGUGAGGCUGUCGGGCAAUCUAACUUGCCUGAGGGGCAAGUGAAGUUGUUUGGGGAAUUCAAAUACAGUGGAACUGUGAUCAUUGCUUAUCAAUUUUGGGGUGGUAGUUGAAAUGACUUCUGUUCUAGUAAAUGUCAGCUAUAGCUUGCCUGAAUAACAAUCUGUAAAGCAGAUGAACCUGUGAAGUUCACCCCAAUUUACGUGUUGUGCCUUGAGGCAGAAGUCAGUUGACAGUAACCACCAGACACUAAUAGCACACAACCCUACUGUAUCUUCAGUCCUCUCAUUUCGCUUAUCAUUAUUUUUGAGAUUUUAUUUUAAUUAUUAUUGUCUAUUUAUUAUUGUAGGGAAGCUAUCUUGCCCAUACUCAAGGAAAAAAGCAUCAAUCUAACCUGUAAGCACCAGAACACACACUAUAUUUGGGUUCCACAGUUUGUACCUGUGCUUGGAUUAAGAUGUGAUGUGAUCUCUUGCUAGUUUUCAUAAUAUUACUCUGGUCACUGUAAAAAGGAUGGUAAUCUCUAUGGUAAUAAUGAUCACCGUAAAACCUUGUCUUUAGAAAGGACUGAAGUAUUUCCCUGUCCCAUAAAAGCAUACUUGUCCAAUACUCCAACAAAUUUAUUCAUGGUAUUGUUAAAUUUCUCAUUGUUUUGCUUCGUUCUUCACCAUUAUGCUUUUGUACAGUACUGUAAUGUGAAUACAAUGCAAUACAUUGCCAUGCAUAAAUUUGUCGGAGUAUUGGACAGCCCUCCCUUGUUGAGUGUCGCCCCAUUGUCCCUUAGAGUACUUGAAGGACACUGUUUUGUAAGUCUCCUACUGGAGAUGUUAAUGCCAUUAAGGUAAAGGCAAACACGAGCCAAAGGCCCAAAUGGUUGGAGCUUAUCCCAGUUUCAUUAGUAUGAAGCACCUAGGAGUAUUGUUACUCCCCCCUGUACGGGAUGCUAGUCCAUCCCGGGGUUACCCCCCAGCAGUAUGUCACCAGUACCCAUUUAUACACUGGGUUGAAGAGAGACAAAGUGGAGUAAAGUUCCUUGUCUAAGGAAACACGAUGGGCGUGGCUUGAACCCCGGACCUCCAGAUCCGGAGUUCGAGGUGUUAACGACUCAGCCACACACACCUCCACAGUGCCAUUCGUACGUGUUUAUUUGAGCCACACAAAUGUCUAGCAAAGCAAUAGCAAAAAAUUUGUACAUGUAUGUACCUUCAUCACCUAGUGUGAGACCCUGAGUAUUGGUCUGGCCCAGGGCUCAAACCCAUGACAUCCCAUCCAUUUUGCAGUCCAGCACUUUACUUACAGCUGCUCUAAGCAAUCCUUAUCUUUGAGGGAUUCACUUAAACUUAAUUUGUGUUUCAAGAACGUUAAAGUGAUCAUCACUAAACAAGAUUCUUAUUUUAAAUUACCUUUUAUCAUUCUUGUGAAAUGCUUAUUCCACAAACCCUUCCAAACAAUACUCGCAUCUUAAAAUGACUCCCAAAGGAUCAGUUUCUGUGACUAGAAAUAACUAGCCUGCGAGCAGGCUCACUUGUGUUUCCUACCGAUGUUUUUUAUCAUUAAGUUUGAUGUGUGAAUGUUUGUGUCUCAUAUCCUUGGUUUUUGUCAUAAUUAAGUGGCCUAUCGUUGCCUGUCAUUUUUAACCAAAUAGAUCACUGUGUUCAUCAGCAAACGUGGGGUAUUCAAAAAUCAAUAGCUCGCAUACAGGCUCAUUUUUCCUUGGCCCAUUGGUGGCAUACAUCGAGCUGCCAAAAAUUUUUCCCGAACUUUCUAAGAAACAACUAAAUAUGAUUAUUUUCAGCGCUCGUCGUGCUGCUAAAGAAGCAAAAGAAGCCCCAGCUCAGCCAGCACCAGUGAGUACAGUAGUUUGUGUUUUUUUUAAAAGUUAUUUGAAGCAGUACUGUUGUAAAGCUGUAUUUCUGAUCAGCAUGUCACUGAGCUUAAAAUUGACUACCUUUCAUUCUUUCAGCCAUAUUAUUUUAUGUACCUGUGUUCUAUGAAAAGUGAACUGUGAAUGAAAUAAAACAAAAGAAGAGGAUAAAUACUGUUAUGUGAUGAAGCAGUAUGUACAAGUAAACACUGUAAUUGCUUUGCUUGCUUUUACAGGAAAAACCAAGGGUAUCUGUUAAAAAGUUUGUCAAGAUUGGCCGUCCAGGUUAUAAAGGUAGCAAAAAAACCUUAUCAUUUUUUUUUAUUUCUCUCUGUCAUGUCAUAAUAUUUACUUGCUAAUAACAUAUGUAGAUGUAUAUAGAAUACACUGGUACUUGACUUUUUUUUUCUCUGAAAAGAGUAAUAAUUCUACAAGGAUGUAUACAUGUUAUUUGGUAUGUUUAAGAAGAGAAGUAAAAUGUAUAAAUGAUAAACUAAAUUAUCCUGAAUUUUGACCAUGAAUUUUUGGUCUUGUAUGGCUUAUACAGAGUCGUUAUUUGCUCUUUGCAGCUGUAGCUAGAUGGUGUGACUGACACUGUACUUGUAUCUACGUGAAUCACCUUAAAAUACCAGAGACAAAAAUAUUUUAAGUCCUGACAGUGCCAUUUUGUAAUGGUUUCAGAGAAAAAAUACCAUAGGUAGCAAUGGAAAAAGUCACUGGACCACAAUCCUUGCAUUAUUGCAUUUUUUCCAUAAAACCUGAGUCUUUCAUUCCAACAUCCACAAAAUCUUAGUCACCUCGCGAUUGCUUUCUGCAUGUACCAAAUUUCCUUGUGUGCUCUUUCCAUCUUUGGUAACAAUAUUAUGCGAUAAAAUUUCAACAAUACAUUAAGCUGGUCACUUGAUUGUAGGUGCCAAAGGCCUAUCUAAUUUUGCCCACCAUAUUGUGUGCAGUAAAAUGACAACUAAUCCACACAACUUACAAUAUUCUACAUAAAUUGCCACAAUAGGCCACGAUGACGAUGUUUGACUACAACUACCAGAAUUCAUUUUGUCUUUACCUUCUUAUUGAAAUUUGUCAAUUCUGCUGAGGUUUAACUAACACUAGCCCUAAUAAUUUAUUUGCACAAGCCACAAGCAAACAACAACUGAAGGAUUCUAGUGCAUGUAGUAGUAGUAAAAUAAUGUCAAUGUGCAAUUGUCCUUUAGCAUUACAUGCAAUGGGUUUUAAGUCCAGAGCAGUACUUCAGCUUAUAUAAUGUUAAUAAAAUAAUAUUUUUUUGUCUUUCUAUCACAUGAAUACAGUAACAAAACAAAGGGACCCAGACACUGGACAGCACAGCCUUUUAUUUCAGGUACUAGGUUUAUACCGACAUUGUACUUGUUUAGCAAAUAUCAUUACAUUUAUUCAAAGAGAGCAAUUAAUAAUUAUUACUCUCAAGAAAUCACCCCCACCAAGAAUUCCCAGGAGUAACCCCCCCCCUCCCCUCUCACUAUGGAUCAAUGCCAAAGAAGACCCAUUAGGGGGCUGAUAUUGUAUUUUAACUUGCUUCAGAAUGCUCAAAAGUGAUUCAUUCCUCUGUAUGUGUAGGUGGAUUAUCCAGAGAUAGCAGAAAGCAUCACUCCAAGGCAUCGCUUCAUGUCAGCUUAUGAACAGCGAAUUGAACCACCAGACAAAUCAUGGCAGUAUCUUCUUUUUGCAGCUGAGCCUUAUGAAACUAUAGCCUUCAAGGUAUGUUCCGUGAUUUCAAACAGUUUACAAAGCAUUUGCUGUAUUGCUGGUUUUCAGUGUCACGCCAUUCAAAAUACUGUAGAUCAAAAUUGAAAUCAAAAAAAUUAAUUAUCUUUCAAUAGAUUAAGUCAAGAGUCUGGGAAAUGUAAGUAAGCAACUAUGCAAAGACUCUUGCCAAGAUUCAGGUCAGAGGAAUAUUUUGUAUAGAAAUACCCAAAGAAAUGUUUUACCCAAAUUUAUAGAGAUUUGUAUGGAGGCACCAUGCUGAAGAAACAGAAACAUCUGUUGCUGAGUUUUGCUACAAAAGCAUGAUUAUAUUUCUCAAGUAAUUCAUAAACAUUAAAGUAAUACUUUUUCUAAUGCAUGAACAUCUGUUUAGAUAAGCAAAAUUAGAGUAAGCUUCUUUUUUAACCUUCAUGACAGCUCUCUUAGCCGUUAUGUAAGUGCUUAGACAUUCAAGCAUACUCCAAACCAAGAAGCCUUUUGAAGCGAAAAUUUGUAUGAAAAUUAUUUUUCAGCUUUUCUAAUACAUCAUCAGUUUUGUAGUUUGAAGUCUAGUGACAACAAUUCAUUUCUGUGGGAUGCAGCAGGCCCCUUUUUGAGAUGGACAUUAAGUGAUGUUCCCAGUGGUGUCCGGCCUUGAAGAGAGCUGACUGCAGCUGUUGAUAUGUAAAUUGAAUCAAAGAGUCAGCAGUUUGGAAAAAUUUCCAUGUUUUGUUUUCAAACACCUUUAAGUUAAUAAGAAACAACUCUUGCUGUAGAUUCCAAGUAGGGAAAUUGACAAAGAUGAAGGGCGACUGUGGACUCACUGGAAUAAAGACACAAAGCAGGUCAGCAAAUUCUGUUACUGUAUCUCUAAAUGAGUACAUGCACUUUGAUUGGUCAAUUUAAUGGGCCAUAAUUCACUGUAAUGAUGGGUGAAUUCAAGUUUGUUUUGGUUUUUAAUUUGCUGAUUGUUUCAUGUAAUUUUGGUCUAUGGGUAUGUUGAAUGAUAAACAAAUGUUUUGAAAACUCAAAGCCUUGACCUUGGACCCUGUUGGAUUUGAUGCACCAUGACCCAUCAACAGCUGUUCCACUUCUUGAAAUGAAGCCUUCGAUGCCCUCUUAGACUCUCCCUUAACCCAGAGAUUUAAUAAACAUCUUUCUAACCCAUCAAUUAUCCUUUAAAAUAAACACCUGAUAUUUGUUGUACCCGUGGAUAGUUUAGUCUUGAGCAAAUAAAACAGAAAUGCGGGAUCAUAUGAUUAUCAGUUGCUUUGGACGAUAAUUUUUGUGCACUGAACAACUCAAUAAAAAGCAUUCUGUUUUUUUGCUUUCAGUUUUUCCUGCAGUUCCAUUUCCGACUAACACCCAAUCAAAUUCAACAGCAGCAACAGAAGAGAGGUGGAGCUGGUCAACAGAGUUUGCCACCUGGCCUUGCACCUCCACCGCCCAGAAACAUCCCCUCUGCAAACCCUCUUAAUCCUUUUGCUCAGCGCUGA